AGUUCAAUGAGUCGUUCAAUUGAACUCGUUCCGAUACAACUCGACUGCUGUUUCGCCUACGCCAUUUAUUUGCAAGGAAAAAAUUAACAAAAAAAAACAGCAUAAAUAAUGUUGGCGCUUAUCAACAGAAUCCUGGAUUGGUUCAAGGGCAUCUUCUGGAAAGAAGAAAUGGAACUGACGCUAGUCGGACUGCAGUUCUCAGGCAAGACGACGUUCGUCAAUGUUAUUGCAUCCGGCCAGUUCGCUGAGGAUAUGAUACCCACAGUUGGUUUCAACAUGCGCAAAAUCACUAAUGGCAAUGUGACCAUUAAGGUUUGGGACAUUGGCGGCCAGCCUCGCUUCCGUUCCAUGUGGGAGCGUUACUGCCGCGGCGUCAAUGCAAUUGUUUAUAUGGUGGAUGCAGCCGAUUUGGACAAACUGGAGGCGUCGCGGAAUGAGUUGCACUCGCUGCUUGAUAAACCGCAGCUGAAUGGCAUUCCAGUGCUCGUUUUGGGCAACAAACGUGAUCUUCCCGGUGCGCUCGAUGAGACCGGGCUCAUUGAGCGAAUGAAUCUGUCGAGCAUACAGGAUCGGGAAAUCUGUUGUUAUAGUAUUUCGUGUAAGGAAAAGGACAACAUUGACAUAACGCUGCAAUGGUUAAUUCAACAUUCGAAAAGCCAAAGUCGUUAGAUUAUAGCCGACUAACAUUCACACACACACAUAAGCAAGCACACACACACACACACACUCUACAUACACAAAUUUAUGCAGUCGCAUACACACUGAACAACUAUCUUAACUUGCAGUAAAAUAAUUUGGAGUAGGCUGUUAAUUAAUGUAUGAGAAUAAUUCAAAGAGCAACACUUUUGCAAUGGCUCGAUCUGUUUGUUGUAUGAAAUGUGUGUUUGUAUGAAAUGUCAUAUAGGUGCAGUCUAUAUAGAACUCUUGUGGGGGGAUUGCUCCUCGCUACGACCAAAGCACUCGAAUUUGUUGCAGUUCACAAAACAGAGAAAUACUGAUUAAGAAUGCCAACUGGUUCUGUCUAAAUUUAUUGGUACGAUAUACAAAUACACAAAUAAACACA